CCCUUGCGCAAUUUGAUGAAUAGUGUCGCUGUCAAAAGCGAUAGAAGCAAAUCAAGGUAUGUUGAAAGACGGACAGCGGUAACACAGAGGAGAGGGGGAGAAGCUGCGUCAUGUCUCCAGCUCACGGUCAGGCCGACGUGUAGUUAUUUAUGAGCGGAGCUGGAUGUCGGGGAGAGUUUGCUCAACUGUUACCGUCAACGAGCCGUCCCGGGCUUUACGUUGUGUUGCUUUGCCAUUUUAACGGAGUGCCAUGGAGACCAGUCAGUUCUAAGUGCUGUUUUACAACAACUCCAAGCGACGCGAGGUUCUUGUGAAUAUCCUUCCGCCUCAUCAAACUUCAGCACAGGAGGAAAAACCUUUGGCUCGACGAGGAGCCUCCAAGGAGCCACAUCACAACAUGGUGAACAGCCAAACGUCAGGCGUACCACCGGCCCCCAGGUCGUGCGCAGGAUGCGGAGGGAAGAUCGCUGACCGCUUCCUACUCUUUUCCAUGGAGCGCUACUGGCACACUCGCUGCCUUAAGUGCUCUUGCUGCCAAGCCCAGCUGGGGGACAUUGGCACCACCUGCUACAGCAAAGGGGGCAUGAUUCUGUGUCGGAGCGACUACAUCAGACUGUUCGGGCACAGUGGGGCGUGCAGCGCCUGCGGCCAGUCUAUCCCAGCCAACGAAAUGGUAAUGAGGGCGCAGGGUAAUGUUUACCACCUCAAGUGCUUCAGCUGCGCCACCUGUAGAAACAGACUGAUGCCCGGCGAUCGCUUCCAUUACAUCAAUGGUACAAUCUUCUGUGAGCACGACAGACCCGGCGCUGCCUUGCUCAACAGCCAUCUGCCUCCACUUCAGAGCAACUCUGUGCUGACAGACCAGAAGGUUUGCUGAGUGGCAGCAGUGCAUGUGUCGCCCUCGCCUUUUCUCCUGAACUUCACUUCUCCUCGUUGCACUCCUCCUCCUCCUCCUCCUCUUCUCCUGUUGCUAUCGCCGUUGUUGUGGAUUUUCAUCAUCACCUCGCCUCUCUUCCCACAGAGAGGACACAGUUUCUCACCAACACGUCCCGUCCGAAACUGUGUCAGAGACUCAAUAUGCCGCAUACAAAAGUCACAUUUAUGUUGUGUUCGAUAUUAAAGUGGUCUGUGCAUCAGGCAAAGACUCACAGUGUGUGUGGACUGCGAUGGCAAAAGUCUCCUUCAGGACUAACUGAAAGCUCAAGGGAAAAAAAAACGGCGAUGAAAGCCAAGCGCCAACUGGAAGAGGGAACAAAAGAUGUUUAAAUGAAUGUUUGAUGGACUGCUGUAAAAUGACUGUGAAAGCUUUGCUUAUGCCAUGUGGCAUUAUUUCCCCUGAGCGUCAGUGUUUUUAAUGAACUCUUGAUCUCUCUCUUCUAUAUGUUAAUCUGAGAUCUUACACACUGAGGAUUGAAUGUAAAAUUGUGGGGUGUCAGACAAAAUCCAGAGUAUCUGAAAAUGUCCAGACAUAGGAAUGAAUUCAACCAGAGACUUUUUUUAAGCACUCAAGGAAAACACAAAUCUAAUAUUUUGCUGUUACCUGUGAUUAUACUUCAGACGCCCUGAACAACUGAAACAAUCCAGUGAAGGUUUUUGCUUUUUUUCUGUGGACUUUUAUUUCUUUAUCAGAUGCCUGUUCAGUGUGUGGAGUUAACAAAAAAAUCCUAUUAAAAUGAUUUUCCUGUAACACGUUGCAAAGUGAGCUGAGGUCAUUUUGAAGCCCCUUAGCAGCAUUAGAGUGACAUUGUAUUGCGUGGUACCUAGCAUGGUGGAUGUGGCUGACUCUCCCACUCUCUUUAACCCUGUAUGGAGAAAACAUGCCUGAUUACCCUGAGGAAUGGAAUUAGGAGGCUUGAGCUCUGACCAUUUACAGAAGCAAUUAAACAUGAGCCCUGUAUCUUUGCCUCUGGAGCUCCUGUGGGGCUGAACUUGUGGCAUAUCCCGUGGCUGACUGGCUCGGUGGCUGCCUGCCUGCCUGUCUCUAAUAAAGCCUAAUCUUAAAGCGGGCUAAUUAAAGGGGAGUGGCCCCCUCUACAUCCAAGGCACUUGAAACAAUCUGAUGUAUUUACUCUUUACCAUGUUCCAAUUAAA